AUUUUGUCGGAAUCAUGACGUUUGUUUUAUGUUGACAGCAGUUUACCGCAUCUAUAUCGUGACUUUCAAAAUUUGUUACUACAAAUUGUUUUAAAGAAAUUAAUAACUAUGGCUGCCUCAGUGGUUGAUACGUACACAGACCCGUCAAUGAGCUGGAUGAAUGCUCCUCACAGCACCGGCACGUCCAUAAUGGCCUGUGAGUUCGACGGUGGAGUUAUAAUUGGAGCGGACUCUCGAACUACCACCGGUGCAUACAUCGCUAAUAGAGUCACGGACAAACUCACGAGAAUUACUGAUCACAUCUAUUGCUGCCGCUCCGGCUCUGCUGCGGACACCCAAGCUAUUGCCGAUAUUGUUACUUAUCAUCUCAAUUUUCAUAAGAUGGAGCUCAGUGAACCCCCACUGGUACAAACUGCAGCAGCAAUCUUCCGAGAACUUUGUUACAAUUACCGUGACUCACUAGUGGCUGGUAUCCUGGUUGCUGGUUGGGAUAAAAAGAAAGGAGGCCAAAUCUACUCUGUACCCAUUGGCGGGAUGGUACAACGCCAAGCUGUGUCCAUCGGAGGAUCAGGAUCUACAUAUGUUUAUGGUUACGUCGAUGCCAACUUCAAGCCUAACAUGUCUAAGGAAGAGGCUAAAAAGUUUGUAACAAAUACUCUGACUCUGGCCAUGUUGAGAGACGGUUCAUCGGGAGGUGUUGUAAGACUUGGCGUUAUUACCGAGGCUGGUGUUGAGAGAUCAGUGAUCCUCGGUGAUGAAUUGCCCAAAUUCUAUGAGGGUUGAUUUUUAAUAUAAGGUUGCUAAUUUUGAA